CAAUGGUGAUAUGGGCUGGGUUCAACACCCAUUUUGGGAAGGCUUGCUAUAAAAUGGGCCAAUCAAAUCCCUCUGCUUUCAUUAGUGCAGGAGUCCUUAACUGACGCAAUCGCUGCUUUUGGAAAACUUAAGAGUCAAUUUAUCAUGAGUGCUGAUGAUACCAAGUCUUACUCGGUUCAGAAAAACGAGAAUGGCGUUCACAACAAAGCCGCCGUCAAUGGCAAACCCCUGAAUGGGAACGGAGUCAACGGUAAGGGCCUAAACCGUGUCGGUGUCAAUGGAAAUUGUUAUCCUGUCGAAGGCAAAAACCACAGGGAGACAUGGGAAGUCAAGCCUUCCUUGAUGGCUGACAACACCCUCAAUCCCAUAAGGGCCAUUGUGGAUGGGAUGAAGCUCUCCCCAAACCCAGAUAAAGCCAUGAUCGCCCUUUCGAUAGGGGAUCCCACUGUCUUUGGUAACCUUCCUACAGAUGAUCCGAUGCUUCAAGCCAUGAAAGAUGCCAUAGAUUCACACCAGUACAAUGGCUAUGCUCCUUCUGUUGGUUACUUGAAGAGCCGACAGGCAGUAGCCAAAUUCUACAGCUGCUCUGAGGCUCCUCUAGAUGCAGAGGAUGUCAUUUUGACCAGCGGCUGUAGCCAGGCCAUUGACCUGGCGAUCAGUGUCAUGUGUAAUCCAGGGGACAACAUCCUAGUUCCACGUCCAGGGUUCUCCUUAUAUAAGACCCUGGCUGUUUCCCUUGGCAUCGAGGUCAGACUCUACAACCUGUUGCCGGAGAAGUCGUGGGAGGUGGAUCUGCAACAUCUGGAUAGCCUGAUUGAUGACAGAACAUCCCUUCUAAUUGUCACUAAUCCAUCCAACCCAUGUGGCUCGGUUUUCACCAAGGGACACCUACAAAUGAUUCUCGAAGUGGCUUCUCGAAACUGUCUCCCCAUCCUGGCAGAUGAAAUCUACAGUAACAUGGUUUUCCCAGGUUGUGACUGCCAGUCCCUGGCAUCUCUCAGCAGUGACGUACCAAUCAUUUCCUGCGGCGGCCUGGCUAAGCGCUGGCUGGUCCCCGGUUGGAGAAUGGGAUGGAUCCUCCUCCACGACAGGAACAACAUCUUUGGAUCUAAGAUUCGACAUGGCCUUGUCAAGCUGAGCCAACGUAUUCUUGGACCCUGCACCAUCGUCCAGGGUGCCCUGGAGGGAAUCCUCAACAACACACGUCAAGGUUUCUAUGAUGAUACCAUUCAUUUUAUCAAGUCCAACGCUGACAUUUGUUUUAAUGAGCUGUCCACUGUGCCUGGCUUGAACCCCAUCAUGCCCUCAGGAGCCAUGUACUUGAUGAUUGGAAUCGACAUAGACAGCUUCCCAGAUUUUCAGAAUGACGUUGACUUUACUGAACGACUGGUGACCGAGCAGUCCGUUUUCUGUCUGCCCGCUACAGCUUUUGAGUAUCCCAACUUCUUCCGCAUUGUGGUGACUGUUCCAGAACAGAUGAUGGUGGAAGCAUGUGGUCGGAUCAGGGAGUUUUGUCAGCGCCACUAUUGGUCAGGCCGCUGUAACGAAUACUCCCUACAAGAUACAUCUGUCUGAUGGCACACAAGAACUGAUGACCCCUGAACCCUCAGCCAGUCGGAGUGGCCUUCAAACCACCGGACAUCUGUUUUAACUCAAGUGGGCCCAUAAAAGUAGAUAAAGGUCCUCCUCUCUGACUCACGGGACUUCGCGAAAACAAAGACCUUCUAGUGUGGAAGGCUACAGCAUGACCAGACGUGGAAGUUAGGAAUAAUUGACAACAAUGGAUUGAUUAGUUAAACUGGCCUCAAUGAAUUUAAUAGUUUACCAACCUCCCCAUGAACCCGCCAGAGGAAUUCAAAGAGACCCUUUUGACAUUCUUAACGUCUGCUCAUGACCCCCGCAGCGUGAUUGGGGGAAGGAAUUGAUUGAUGACUGUUGGACACUGGAACAUGGUCACUUACUUGUCAUUAAUGGAACAUGAUCACCCCCAGUGGUGAUUACAGACACUGCCAGUUGGACUCCUCGUGGUAGUGUACCAUGCGGUGCCAGUGGACAAUAAAAUGACAUUAAGGAAAUCUUACGUUUGUACCAAACAAAACAAACCUACAUGAAUAUUCUAAAUUUAUACCUUGAUUUCGGUGUCAUUAACUCAUUUACUGCUAGCUUUUUUCAGAAAAGAAAACCCCCUUGGUGCCAGCCGUUUUUGAAGAUUGUGAACGACUUUCAAAGGCUUACAGAAUAUUUUGUCCAAUUAUUAUAUUCAUACCAAAUGCUCCAAAUUAAAGGAUAAACUCUCUUCUUUCAGCAGGAAAAAAAAGGUAGAGCUUCCCUUUUCUGUUCUUUAGUUAUGUGCAGUGAAACAUACUGUAGGUAAGUUUUUUGGUCGCGUCUCACAGGUUAUGGAGAUAAUAAGCUUUUUGUGAAAAGCAGUAUUUAUGCAACAGUAACUUCGAUGCUUGUAUAUUUUUUUGCUUAUGUCACAUUACGUGUUUUUAUUGCAUAAUCCAGCUAAAACAUUUAGGGAUGGCUUUUGAUUGAAAAAUAAUCACGUAUUUGGCUAUAUAAUGUGCUGUGAGUGAUGCAAACUCACCGGAUAUCACGUCUGUCAUGACACUUUGUGUUGUUUCCUGGCUGUUGACAUGGCAACCGUGAUCCUCGCCAUAGGAGUUAUAACACAUUUCUGACACAAGCACACAAUUGUGCUAACUACCACAGUACAUAUUCUGUGAAUACUUUACAUAUACUUUUGUUUCUGAGUGUAAAAAUGCUUCAGCUUGUCCGACUUCCAGCCUAUCUGCGCCGCUCAGCAGUGCAUAUCAGGCUACAGGGUCAAAUCUAAAAAUGGUGCAUCGCUGCCCUCUGCUGGGAGUUUCACUAUUAGUAGGCUGUUGAAUCUUUGUGGGGAGGUACAUCAAAGUGUCCUCUCCCACUUUCCGUGAAGAAACGGAAAGUAUUAAAAAUGUGCUCGGCACCCAAUAUAUGGGUUUAAAACUACGCAUUAAUACGUGUUAGGCACUAAAUGAGUUAAUGUGUUGAUUCUACAGGUCUAACUGCAAGACUGCUUGAGAAGAACUGUACCUCUUGGUUUGAAACCAAACAAUAUUAAAUGUUGUAUUGAACAAUAAGGAGUUGAUUUGCCAAGACUAAGGUUUAAACAAUCAUUUUAUGUGCUUGAUCUCUCCGUGAGACAGUUUCAAAGUUGGGAACCGUUUAUUAGAAUAUGUGCAGAGUUUCAACCCAAUUUUUUGGGCGUGACUUACGCAGAUAGAAUGAAAUUUAACAUGGAAACCCGAGUCGAUGGGUGUGGUCUCCUUCUCCGCCUCAGAAGAUACAAAAAGCCUCGACAUCCUUUCUUCUUGGCUCACUCUCUUCUUCCAGCCAACAUCCCUUCAGUUCCUGCGCUUGGCUCCGGCCAACCCCCUCCCCCUUUUUCCUUUGUUUUGUCACCUCGUGGCGCGUGUGACCCCGGACCACGUCGAAGGCGCUGUCAGAUGAAAGAAGCCUGCCACGCAGCUUCUGUUUGUUUUCCCAGCCUGGACUUAUUCUCGGGGGGUCAGGAGAGACACUCCUGGCAUUACCACAAGUUACACCCGCAGUCUAGCGCAAGAGCGUGCCCUGCAAUAAGUCCAAACGGCAGGAAACGUUACGAGUCCACCCACGUGAACUGCAACCUUCUUUUUGUCGUCCCUCUUUUGUUUUACUUUUUGUGCACCUUCUUCUUCAACUAAACCUGCCUCCUUUCCUCUUGAAACAACUGAGAAAAGACCGAACCAUGGGAUCUACGAUCGUGAGUAAAACAUUGCAGCGAUUACUAGAAAGUACAAAUUGGUGCAUAGUAAUUUGGGGUUAACGACCUCACACGAGUCCCAACUUUAUUCUCUCUCACUAUGCUUCAAAUCAUUUCACGCUCACAUUUACGAGGUGUCAUUCGCCCGAUAUCUUGUUCUUUACAUACCUUUGCCUGUAAUUUUUGUAGUAAAGUCCCUCUGCAUUUUUCCCCAAAGUCCAGUGUAUGUUUCAUUAAAUUU